AUUUAAUAUUAUUCCUUUUCCUGGCAGCCUCAUUCACUCGCGUGUUUUCGGUGUUUUUGCUUUUUUUGAAAAUUCUUAUUUUUUCUUUCGUUUAAUUCUCGGCAUUCUGUGGUGCAACAAAAUUAAAAUUUGGUAGAGCUAAUUUUAUUUAAUCUAAUUUAAGAUUUAAAACAAACAAAAAGCUCAUCCACAUCACAAAAUGCCACCAAAAGUUGAUCCUAAUGAAAUUAAAAUUGUGUACCUUCGUGCUGUUGGUGGUGAGGUAGGUGCUACAUCAUCUUUGGCUCCAAAAAUCGGUCCACUUGGUUUAUCACCGAAAAAAGUUGGUGAUGAUAUUGCUAAAGCUACAUCCGAUUGGAAAGGUUUGAAAGUUACCUGUAAAUUGAUCAUCCAAAAUCGACAGGCACAAAUUGAAGUUGUACCAUCAGCUGCUUCGUUAUUGAUCAAAGGCUUAAAAGAACCGGCACGUGAUCGGAAAAAAGUUAAAAACAUUAAACAUAGUGGUAAUCUACCAAUGGAAGAAAUAAUCAAAAUUGCCCGUAUAAUGCGACCACGUAGUAUGGCACGUAAAUUAGAAGGUACUGUUAAAGAAAUUUUAGGUACUGCCGUUUCCGUUGGUUGUACUGUUGAUGGACAACAUCCACAAGAUAUUAUUACCAAAAUUAAAGAUGGUGAAAUCGAAAUUCCCGACGAGUGAAUUUUUGGUUAAAUAAAAAACAUGACAUUUUUCAAAUAAAAAAAAAUUUCUUUUUA